GUAGAGAAACACUAAUCAGCCUUCAAAUGUUGUUAUAAAAGCAGUUGUUAGGUUACCAUUUUCUUUGUCAGAAGUUGAAGAAUAAUUACAAAACAAAAUGUUAAGGGGGAGCAGCUUCAGCUUAAUCGCAUUAUUAAUCUUGCUUUUGUGUUCAUGGGUUUCUUCUGUUAUAGCUACUGUAACAUAUGAUCAUAAAGCUAUUGUCAUUAAUGGACAAAGAAAAAUUCUUUUUUCUGGGUCCAUUCAUUACCCAAGAAGUACAUCUGAGAUGUGGCCAGGAUUGAUUCAGAAGGCUAAAGAGGGAGGUUUGGAUAUGAUAGAGACUUAUGUAUUUUGGAAUGGACAUGAGCCUGUUCAAGGACAAUAUUUUUUUCAAGACAGGUAUGAUCUGGUGAAAUUCAUAAAGCUAGUGCAACAAGCAGGUCUCUAUGUUCAUCUCAGGAUUGGACCCUUUGUCUGUGCUGAAUGGAAUUUUGGUGGAUUUCCUAUGUGGCUAAAAUAUAUCGAAGGCAUUGAAUUUAGAACAGAUAAUGAACCGUUCAAGGCCGCAAUGCAAAAAUUCGUAACAAAGAUUGUGGAUAUGAUGAAGGCAGAAAAAUUAUUUGAACCCCAAGGAGGUCCAAUUGUUCUCGCCCAGAUAGAAAAUGAAUAUGGACCAGUAGAAUGGGAAAUUGGUGCACCAGGCAAAGCUUAUACAAAAUGGGCAGCUGCCAUGGCAGUGGGUCUUAAUACAGGAGUUCCAUGGAUCAUGUGCAAGCAAGAAGAUGCCCCGGAUCCUACGAUUGAUACCUGCAAUGGAUUCUAUUGUGAAGGCUACAAACCAAACAGUGUCAAUAAACCAAAAAUGUGGACGGAAAAUUGGUCUGGCUGGUACACAGAAUGGGGCGGUUCAGUUCCUUACAGACCACCAGAAGAUGUUGCAUUUUCAGUUGCAAGAUUCUUAGCCAAUAGUGGUUCUUUUGUGAAUUACUACAUGUAUCAUGGAGGAACUAAUUUUGGCCGAACCGCUGGACUUUUUAUGGCCAGUAGUUAUGAUUAUGAUGCUCCUCUUGAUGAAUGGGGGUUGACACAUGAUCCAAAAUGGGGGCAUUUGAGAGAUUUACAUAGCGCUGUUAAGCUAUGUGAACCUGCUUUAACUGCUGUAGAUCCUGAAUUAAUAUCACUUGGGAAAAAUCAAGAGGCUUAUGUGUUCCAAACAAAGACGGCAUGUGCAGCCUUUUUGGCUAACUAUGACACGCAAAAUGGUGCGGAAGUGAACUUUUGGAAUGUUAAGUAUUGGUUGGAACGUUGGUCUAUCAGUAUCCUCCCUGAUUGCAAGACUGUAGUUUAUAAUACUGCGAAGAUUGGCGCUCAGGACUCACAAAUGUGGAUGAUUCCUGUUAUUGAUGGAUUUUCUUGGCAAUCGCACAAUGAUGAAGUCACAAUUGGUUAUGCUAAUGGUACAUUUUCACAUGAAGGGUUGUGGGAGCAAAAAUUCCUUACUUAUGAUAAAACAGACUAUUUGUGGUAUAUGACCAAUGUAGAUAUAGAUGCUAAUGAAGGGUUUUUGAAGGGUGGAAAGAAUCCUACUCUUACUAUUGAUUCUUCUGGCCAUGUUUUGCAUGUUUUCAUCAACGGUCAACUUGCAGGAACCGUGUAUGGUUCACUAGCAACUCCUCAGAUAAAAUUUAGCCAGCAAGUGAAGUUGGUAGCUGGUGCUAACAAGAUCUCUUUGUUAAGUGCUACUGUGGGUCUUCCGAAUGUUGGUGUGCAUUUUGAUACAUGGAGUGCUGGGAUUCUAGGCCCAGUCACAUUGACAGGUUUGAAUAAGGGAACAUUGGAUCUGACGAAGUGGGAAUGGUCUUACAAGGUUGGUCUAAAAGGUGAAGAUUUAGACCUUCCUAACCCUGCGGGAAGUGCAUCAGGAAACUGGGUUCAAGGAGCACAAUUGGCUAAAAACCAACCACUAACGUGGUACAAGACUACAUUUGAUGCACCGGCAGGCAAUGAACCAUUAGCUUUAGAUAUGAUUAGCAUGGGAAAAGGUCAGAUGUAUGUAAACGGGGCAAGUAUAGGACGUCACUGGGCUGCAAAUAAGGCUCGUGGGAAGUGUGGCGAUUGUGAUUAUGCUGGAACUUAUACUGAGACAAAAUGUAGAAGUAAAUGUGGAGAGCCUUCUCAACAAUACUAUCAUGUUCCACGCUCAUGGCUCAAGCCAAAAGGGAAUCUAUUAGUCGUGUUGGAAGAAAUAGGUGGUGAUCCAAGUAAAAUUGCUAUGGUCAGAAGAACUGUAGGAGCUGUUUGUGCUGAUAUAGAUGAUGAUCAACCGGAAGUCAAAUCUUGGAAAGAGUUAGUUCCGGUUACACCUAAAGCUAAAUUAUGGUGUCCAGAAGGACAGACGAUCACUAAAAUUAUCUUCGCUAGCUAUGGAUGGCCGCAGGGAAGAUGUGGAACUUAUCAACAAGGGAAAUGUCAUGCUCAAAAAUCAUACGAUCCUUUCCAGGGUUGUGUUGGAAAGGCGGCUUGUGAAGUAGAAGUAGCUCCUGCAACUUUUGGAGGGGACCCAUGUCCAGGAAGUAAAAAGAGGCUUUCAGUUCAACUUCAAUGUAGCUGAUAAAAUCUUUGAAAAAAAAGUUCACUGUGAAUUUACAUUGACCAUUUGUUUCCACCUGAAUAAGAUUCUCAAGGGGAUUGAUUGAUUUUUCUAAUAAAGGUGAAACCGCAGAACUGCAAACUGCAGACAAUUUGGCAAAGCUAGAUGUGGAGGUUGAUAAUUAAGUGCUUGUAAUGAUGUAUAGUUGCCAACUAUAGGUUGUUUAGUGCUGGACAAAGAAAAGCUAUUGUUGCUCAACGAUUAUGAAACAAGAAAUUUAGGAAUUGAUCCUUUCUUUUUUCCCUUCUAUCUUCAGCACUUCGAGCACUUUAUUAAAAUUUGCUUUUAGUUUAUGGAUUAAUUACCAAUUUUUAAGCA